AAAUGAUGCGCCUCUGCCUCUGCGCAAUAACCAAUUUUACCGAUUCAAACAAACCGGCAGCCGGAGAUGAUGAACGACGACCGGUACAGCAGUACCCUCGUCGACCUGUCCCGUUACUUUCUGUUUGAGGCCACUGGCGACUCGUCGGAGGCCCGAUCGUCCGUUCUGAACCAGGAUUCAGCGGCGGGGAACGACGACGCCCUGUCUUACAGCGGCCGCCGCAGCGUCAUCGCUGGCGACCGGAAAGGAGACGGUUAUCCUCCGGAGCUUGCCGACGAUGCGUGUUCGAGGCGUUUAUGGUGCGAGGAAAAUGGUCACAUUUAUUAUUCCACGCCCGACGAGGAGGACGAUGAAGGGGAAGAAGUAAAUCAACGGUGGUUAGCGACGGCGGAUAGGGGCAAGAAGGUGGCGAUGAGGCAGGAGAGCAAGAUCUGGCCGUUGAGAACUGCAGGGGGGAGAAAUGAUCGGACGGCUAAGAUCGAAGAGGCCAGCGUUUGUAAUUUAGAGAAGAUUGGUGAAAAGGAGAGGGAUAGGCUGUUCUGGGAAGCUUGUUUAUCUUCCUAGUUCCUAAUUAUCACCCUAAUUAUUUCAAACUCAAUUAGUGUUGGCGUUUUGAAAAAACUAUCUACGAGAAACGUUUAGCGUUAGCGUUUUCAAAGUAAUCUGCAUCGACAGCAUCGUUAAAAUUUCAUUCAAAACGCUAAUCUCUAUACUAUUCCCAAACAGGCCCCGUAUCUUGCUCCUCCACUAAAAUUGAUCGAGAAUCGUGGACCAUCUCAUGUCUUGGAUGAAACACUUCGGGUGCACUAUUUAUUAAAUGAGCCCUGAGUGU